AUGAUACUGACUGAGGUCCUUAUGGUUACAAUUGGUAGCAAGUUGACAUUGAGUAGCGAUAUGUCCAAGGUAAACCACGAAUUCGAAAUAUCGACUAUACUGCUGACUACCGUCGUUAGUCUCAGGCUUCAGUCCGGACUGAAGGCCGAGCCGUAGUAUUCUAGACCUCGAUGAAAGCAGUCAAACCUUACCAGCCAUGUUCAAUUGCUUGGAAGACUACGCCCUUUCGUUCCUCUGAGGAAUGCACUGUAAUUUCAGACGGAAAGUUCUGGCGGCCUCAAAAAGCCCUUUUAAGCACUUUUUAGUAGCUGUUCUACACAGACGGGGGAGUUCGCAACUUAUUUUCACCUUUAUAGGAAAAACGUCCAUUCCGUGCAAAAUAUGUUACGCGAUCCUGGGCUCCAGGAGCAACCUCGGUAGACACGUCGCCGAGGUACAUGAAGGUGAUUUUUCCCCUGACAGUUUUUCUUGAUUUUUUGCCCUAUUUGAAAAGCUAAUGAUAAUGCUCAACUUCAUUGUAGGCAAUGCCCGCUAUAAAUGUACUUCCUGUGCGCAAAGAUUUGAUAGGAGACGCGAUUUCAGAGCCCACACCAGAGCCGUCCACCGCGGUGAGUGCGCCCUUGUACUGUCGUUGUUGCCGGCUUUCAGUAAACGACUCAACAAACACUACUAGUAUAUUUUCAGUAGAUGAAGUUUGAGAAAUAUAUGCGAAGACAGCGAUCACUAGCACUUUCCCCGCAGCAAAUUUACGUGUAUGUUUCACGAACUUUACCCUCCUACGCUUGGGGAGUAAAGACCGACUCCCGUUGCAGGCCACAUCGAUGUGUAUUUACGUAUUCACUUGCUCCUGUGGAGCGGGAUGCAUUGGCCGUACAACGAGGCGCCUGGAAAAGAGAGUACGUGAACACAUACCGGCCUGGCUAGACAGAGGUGAAAAGAAAUCGAUUUUGAGUUCUAUUCUUGCACAUCUUUUCGAUACGGAUCACCGAGUCGAUGCCAAAGAAGCCUUUCAGGUUGUCUACCGGACACCAGCAAGCUUCUCCAGAGGCCUACGCCAGCGGGUGCUAGCUACAGCUGAAGUUUGAGAAAUAUACGCGAAUUAAAUGGUGGGGCAGACAAGUCGACAGACCAUUGUCGACACAAACGAUGGGUUUAGUGCGGGUGCUGAUCAUUUGAGACAUCGCUCCGGUCGCUUGUAUGCUUUACGGGCUUUAACUUCCCGACGUGAUCUACUAUAGAAUUAAACAUAUUUGACUACUUCUCAAAUGUCCAUUCACUGACCAACGCGUAUGCAAUAGUUGGCUUAUAACACACUUCCCAAAGUAGUUUAGCAAUCAGUCUUUUUUCGCCCGCAGAAUUUACUGAUCACUGCUGUGAAGAUUGUGGACGUUUGUUUAAGAAACUUGCCAACCUUCGGAAACAUCAGAGAGUGGUUCACCAAGGUUUGUUGUGAAUCUUGCCCUCUCUUGCUAUUUUACCUUUUUGUUUAUCUCACACCCUCUGUGCAUCAGUCUACCCGUACUGCCUGCUGCGGGUCAUGUGGGAGUUGCCCUGAACCAGCCUGGGGGCAGAUCGGGGUUCGACACGUGUUGUUGGAUUGCGCACCCCAUAGCAAAUACCAUACAUUGGGCUGUGGUUGCACACCUGGGUGCAGGCCCACGCCGCGCCGACCACUUGCGCCCUAUCCCACCUCCGGUCUUAUUGACUCUGUCUUGACACCGGGCCCAGGAGGGUGAGGGGAAGAGAGCGAGGUUGAUGCAGCGCAUGUUGACUAUCGCUGUAAACUGAUGCACGCGCAAGUAACCAUCCUUGCUCCCAGCCUCGGUAACGACGGCCGAACUGUCUACGCGCAUCUUUGUCGAUAUUCCCAGUUUAAUCGGUCAUUUUCUGGCACAUCAGCAAUCCUCGUUUCUGCUUACUCUAUGAACAGCUUAAUUCCUUUUGAAUUUUGCCAGAAUGAGCUUAUUUACAGUUUGGUUUUUUCCCUCUAGAUCCACAUAAGUAUAGAUGCGAUAUUUGCCGAACCCAUUUCGCAUCCAAAAGCAACUGCCAAGAGCAUAUGUUCACAGUACAUAAAGGCGAGUUAUCUAGCUCCAGAAGAGCCUCUUUGUUUUAGUAAUCGCAUUAACUCCGAGUGUGGGCAUGUGUGUUUUCUCUCUUCCAGGUCUCCGUCCACUCCAUUGUCCCGGUUGCGGUGGCGGUUUUGUAGCUACCUCUGCCCUAGCUCGGCAUUUAAAACGCUGCAAACUAGGUAGUGCAUUUUACUGCUGUAUUAAUUAGUAGUAGUAUUCUGUAGCACUGAAAGUAGGGACCAAGGCGUCAAAACGGAGCACCGGUUUUUUUCUCAAAAUCACUUCGCAGCUUGUGAAUCUGUUGAUUAGGUUGUGAAAAUACGUUCUUGGCAGUUUCCUGGCCCUUUUUAGAGUAGUUGUCUCCAAAAGUGUGAUUGGGUCUUAUUGCUACUUAUAAUUCAGUGAAAGCUUAUGGAAGGCCGUGUCAUCAUGGUUACUUCCAGUAUGCUUUCUAGCCGCCAUUCUUUCUGAUACUCUCCGAGUAGAUAAUACCAUGUUCAACGGACUACUGUCACGUAUUUUAGGUAAUUUCAAGUAAUUCUCCCCCACCCCCUCCUUUCAUCCUCAUUACUCCAAUUCUCCUUGAAAAUACCAUUUUGUGGGAGAGAAUGGGAGGACUUUCCUGGUGUGUUUGUCUACCUAGGGACGGACCUGCAAAAUUGCAACCCGGCACCUGAACCUCCGUCGCUACAGCCGCCAAGUUCAAACCUGAACCCAUCACAAACAUGA